GUAAAUACAGAACGGGCCAUUCGGCAUGCGAUUCAAGAACGUAUUCCUAUUGUUCUUGUGAUUAACAAGGUUGACAGACUGAUAACUGAGCUUAAAUUGCCUCCAAAGGAUGCCUACUUCAAAUUAAAGCACAUAAUUGAAGCUGUCAACAAUCAAGUUACAGCUGCCUCGUCCAUAGCUGGAAAUGCACAAGUAUUCGAUCCUGCGUUAGGGAAUGUCUGCUUUGCAAGUGCAACAGCAGGAUGGUCGUUCACACUGCAGUCAUUUGCCAAACUGUAUGUUAAGCUUCAUGGAGUUGCAUUUGAUGCCAACAAGUUUGCUUCGCGGCUUUGGGGGGACUUCUACUUUGAUCCUGACACAAGAAGUUUCAAGAAGAAACCACCUGCAAGUGGGGUCGAAAGAUCUUUUGUGCAGUUCGUUCUUGAACCUCUUUACAAAAUCUAUAGCCAAGUGAUUGGAGAGCACAAGAAGAGUGUUGAAGCAACCCUGGCAGAACUUGGUGUGACGCUUAGCAAUGCAGCUUACCGUCUAAAUGUUAGGCCUCUUCUGAGGCUGGCUUGCAGUGCUGUUUUUGGCACUGCCACUGGCUUUACUGACAUGUUGGUUCAUCACAUUCCUUCUGCUAAAGCUGCUGCAGCUAGGAAAGUGGAGCACAUAUACAUGGGUCCAAAGGAUUCAGCAAUUUACAAAGCAAUGGAAAAUUGUGACUCCGCUGGCCCUUUGAUGGUUAAUGUGACCAAGCUGUAUCCCAAAUCAGAUUGUAGUGUUUUUGAUGCUUUUGGUAGGGUUUACAGCGGGGAAAUAAUCACAGGGCAGACAGUACGCGUUUUGGGAGAGGGCUAUUCACCUGAGGAUGAGGAGGAUAUGACUGUAAAAGAAGUCACAAAGCUGUGGGUAUAUCAAGCUCGAUACAGGAUACCCAUAAGUAAGGCUCCUCCAGGUGCUUGGGUGUUGAUUGAAGGAGUGGAUGCUUCAAUCAUGAAAACUGCUACUCUUUGUAACUCGGAAUUUGGCGAGGAUGUGUACAUAUUCCGGCCCCUUCAGUUCAAUACUCUUCCCGUGGUGAAAACAGCAACUGAGCCUUUGAAUCCUAGCGAGUUGCCCAAAAUGGUGGAGGGGCUUAGGAAAAUCAGCAAGAGUUAUCCUCUUGCAAUCACAAAGGUUGAAGAGUCUGGUGAACACACAAUAUUGGGUACUGGUGAAUUGUACCUAGAUUCCAUAAUGAAGGACCUUAGGGAGCUUUACUCCGAGGUGGAAGUGAAGGUGGCUGAUCCAGUUGUUUCAUUCUGCGAAACUGUAGUGGAGUCGUCUUCAAUGAAAUGUUUUGCUGAAACACCUAAUAAGAAAAAUAAAAUCACCAUGAUUGCGGAACCAUUAGAGAGAGGACUUGCUGAGGACAUCGAGAACAGUGUUGUAAGCAUAGAUUGGCCUAGAAAGAAACUUGGUGACUUUUUUCAAACCAAAUAUGACUGGGAUCUGCUUGCUGCACGAUCUAUUUGGGCAUUUGGACCUGAUAAGCAGGGACCUAACAUCUUAUUGGAUGAUACACUCUCCAGUGAAGUGGACAAGAGCUUGUUGAAUGCUGUUAAAGAUUCUAUUGUUCAGGGGUUUCAAUGGGGAGCUCGGGAAGGACCCCUAUGUGAUGAGCCCAUUAGAAAUGUUAAAUUCAAAAUAGUUGAUGCAAAGAUUGCACUUGAGCCACUUAAUCGUGGAACAGGUCAGAUUAUUCCAACUGCACGACGUGUAGCCUACUCUUCUUUCCUUAUGGCGACACCCAGGCUUAUGGAACCUGUGUAUUAUGUGGAGAUCCAAACACCCAUGGAUUGCCUCUCUGCAAUAUACACCGUGUUGUCUCGCAGGCGUGGACAUGUGACUGCUGAUGUUCCUCAACCUGGGACCCCUGCCUACAUCGUCAAGGCAUUUUUACCUGUCAUCGAGUCCUUUGGUUUCGAAACCGACUUGAGGUAUCAUACCCAAGGGCAGGCGUUUUGUCUUUCAGUUUUUGAUCAUUGGGCUAUUGUUCCUGGAGAUCCUCUUGACAAGAGCAUCGUUUUACGACCACUAGAGCCUGCCCCAAUUCAGCAUCUGGCUCGUGAGUUCAUGGUGAAGACAAGGCGUAGAAAG